CACCAUGAGCCCAGCUCCCCAGCACUGAAGCUUCCUGCAAGAAGGGAGAAACCUGGUGUUUUACCAAGGUAUCUGCAGCUUACAGGCAUGCCAGCCCCACCUCCACCCCCGCCGCCCCCACCCGGCCCCCCUCCACCACCCCCACCCACCACUGCCCCGCCACAGCAUCCUGUAGAAGCCUCGAAGCUUCAGUCUGGAGGAGGUGGGAGGAGCGCCCUGUUGGCUGACAUCCAGAAAGGAGCCAGGCUGAGGAGAGUCACACAGGUCAACGACCGCAGCGCUCCUGUGGUUGAUAAAAACAAGCCCAACACUGGAGAUGUUGGUGCUUCUCAGGGCUCGUCAGGUGGGCUCGGACCAACUGGACCCUCUAGAGGUGGACUGUUUGCUGGGGGGUUUCCCACCCUCAGACCUACAGGACACAGAGACUCAGCAGGCAAGACCCCAGUAUCUCGAUCCAGCUCAGCAGCCUCCCUGAGGCCGCUGUGGAACCCGCCCACACCGGCUGACCCGACCGGCCCAGAGUCUCACAGGACCGCAGACAUCCAGCGUCUGCUCACCUCCUCCUCAGCUCCCCCCUCCCCUUCUUACAACACCAAGCAUGCACCUCCUUUCCACCUGUCCUCUCCCUCCACACCUCCACCUGCUCCACCUUCUGUUCCUCCCCCGCCCCCUCCACCCCAAGCCCUCCAGGAGCGGCCGGCCAGUAGGCCUCCUUCUCUCCCCUCCUGCCCUCCCCCUCCCCCUCCAUCCCAAGUUACCAAGCCGACAUGGCUGCCGAUCCAGCACCACACACCUGCGUCUCAGCCCUCUGCUCCACCUCCCCCACCUCCCUCAUCCGUCCCAGGGGACCGCUCCUCGGGCUGUUUCUACUCCCCACCUCCUUCCGUAGUCUGUUCAGAACCGUCAAGGUUCCCAAUUCUACGUGACAGCCCCCUGGGACCUCCUCCACCUCCCCCUUUACCUCCACCCUUCACCCCAAGCUGCCCAUCCACGCUGCCUCCACCCCCACCCAAAGUGACUCCGAUGCCCUCACUAGCUUUACGCUCACUGCCCCCCUCAUACCCCUGCAAUGUUCCCACUCGACGGCCGCCAGCUGUGCCCAAGGGUCCAGGGGUGAGUCGGCUGGCUCCUCCCCCAGCUCCUCCAGCACGCUCCCCCACCACAGAACUGUCCACCCGCAUUCCUCCUCCACCACCUCCUCCUCCUCUGCCCCCGUUCAGCCUCAGGAACGGACACCUGCACAGUCUGGCGGAUGACUUUGAGUCCAAGUUCCAGUUCCACCCGGUGGAAGACCUCCCCCCGCCUGACGAGUUCAGGCCUUUCCCUCGGAUCUACCCCAGCAAAGAAAACAAAGGGAAUCCCAAACCGCCUGCGAUCAGAACGCACCUCAGAUGAGUCAUGGACUCACCCUCUUCAGC